AUGGAAGAGCAAGUUCUAGACCUCUUCGAAAUCUACUGGUUUUACCAUAAUACCCCUCCAGAACCACCCUCUCCUCCUCCUCCUCCUCCUUCUACAGAACCACCCUCUCCUCCUCUUCCUCCUUCUAUAGAACCACCCUCUCCUCCUCCUCCUCCUCCUCCUCCUCCUUCUACAGAACCACUCUCUCCUCCUCCUCCUCCAGCUAAUCCAAGUCCUCUAGAAUCUGAUUCCCACAUCGAAAAAGCCGCCAUCUCUCGCCUUCAAAGCCUCCACCGUAGAUCUCACAGUGACCAAUCCCUCUCAUUCUCCCCAAAUUCCGUCCUCGCAAUGCCCAAGCUUGAUACAAUCCUCUCCGAAAAAGAAGCUGUAGAAAUUACAGAGAGAAUCCCAGAUCAAGAACCCAAAAGGCCAUCGAAGAAGACGGUGCAGCGCCAAGGAAAGAAGAAGAUGAGCAAGAGCUUGUCCGAUCUAGAAUUCCAAGAAUUGAAGGGACUUUUGGAUUUGGGUUUUACGUUUUCAGAAGCCGAUAUGGAUACGAGGCUGAUUUCGAUCGUCCCAGGCCUGCAGAGAUUGGGAAAGAAAGAAAGGGAGGAAGAGCCUGCGCAUGAAACUGCUGUUUCUAGGCCUUAUCUUUCGGAAGCAUGGAUGGUUGAUCGAAAGGAAGAGAACCCACUAGCGAAUUGGAGAAUCUCAGCCGUUGGUGAUCAGACCGACAUGAAAGAUCAACUGAAGUCUUGGGCACAUGCCGUUGCAUCGACGGUUAGAUGA